UACAAGUUGUGGUUCUUAUCGCAGCUUAUCAUUUCAGACGAGUGGUCAUUUCAACUCUGACUCACGCACGAGUAUGACUAUUGCCAUGGCACCAAAUCAAGAGAGAGUGGCUCUUAUUCUUGGAUCCUCAGGGAUCUCUGGCUGGGGAUUGCUACAUGAAUGCCUUUCGUACCCGUCGACUAACACAUUUUCUCGUGUGUUGGGCUUGAGCCUGCGGCCCAUAACGGUAGAAGAGGCCCGUCUUCCGCAAGAUGAACGGCUUGAGUUGCACAGCGGACUGGAUCUUACCGACAAAGACCAGACUUUGGAGACAUUGCGGGCCAUCCCUGGUAUUGAACACGUGACACACAUCUACUACACCGCAUAUGCUGGCCACGGAGGCAGCCCUGAGAAGGUAGUACUAACUAACACGGUCAUGAUCGACAACGCUCUCAGUGCGGCAAAUACUCUUUGUCCCAAAUUGGAUUUCUUUCUACUGCAGACAGGAGGAAAGGGCUAUGGUAUUCUUGGAUAUGGAUUUCCGCCUGCGCCUUGGAAGGAAGACCUUCCUCGCAUGCCAGAGCCGUUUGCUUCGAAGAUAUUCAAUUACAAGCAAUUCGACAAGAUGGUUGAGCAUGCUGCUCAUGGUUCUUGGAAGUGGUCUGAAAGCCGAGCAUCCUUUCUUCCGGGCUUCGUUCCUCGCCAUAAUGCUAUGAACAUAGCUCAGGCACUUGGUCUAUAUCUUUCCUUCUAUCGAUCUAUGAAUGGUGCAGGGGUCAAGUGCGCCUUCCCAGGGACUCAGGAAUCAUGGACAGCGAUACAUACAGAUUCAUCACAAGAUAUCGUAGCGCGAUUCGAUAUCCAUAUCUCCCUGUCCCCUGAACAAAGCCACGGGCGAUCAUUCAACGUGGGAGACGGGGAAUCAGUCACAUGGGAGGCCAAAUGGCCAGUUCUCUGCCGUUACUUUGGUCUGGAUGGUGUUGGUCCUUCUAUGCAGAAUAAUGGAGAACCUCAAGGAAUAGAGUGGUUGAUGUCUGAAAAGGCUAAGUGGCCAGCUUGGAUAAGGGAGAAUGGUCUUGUCGACAACGCGUUGGAAGCCAUGCAAUGGGAUAUCCUCCAGACGUCACUUCUUACUACGGUUCGUAUUGAUUUUGACCUAGGGGCUAGCCGAGAGAUUGGGUUCCAAGAGACGAAAGGACCAGGCGAGGGAUACAUCUUGGCGUUUGACAGGUUGAGAGAUGCAAAGUUUCUACCCUGAUAGUGGUCAAUAAUGCUCCCUUGAUGAGCCUUGGAUUGAGUCGGCUUGGCAGUUGUUACUGAUUCCCUCUACCAAUCACAUGAGAGGCAAACC